ACAAACCCACCUAUGCGCGUCAUCAACAGGUGCACACUGUGUCUGGUUUUAUUGCUAACGUGCUAUACAGUCUAUGAUGCUAACGAAGCAUCAUCCGGCAGCUCACUGAGUCUUUUACCCUCAGUGAGGUGUGUUAGGACUUUCUGCAGUUUGUGACCUUACUGCAGAGAUUCAUUCAGCUGCAAAGUUUUGGGAGUAUUAAGGAGCUCAGUGGGACAGAGAAGGCUGUGACCUGAGAUGAGCCUGGAGAAAACUGAGGAGGACUUCACAGAAGACUCACAAACCUGACGUUCUUAAAGGGUGAAGAAGGAGAAUGGGGAAGAAGGAUGCCACUGCGACCAGGUUACCAGUUGAUCAGUACAGAAAACAGAUUGGUAAACAGGACUACAAAAAGACAAAGUCAGAUUUAAAGCUAACACGGCUGAGAGCUGAAGCAAAGAAGAAUUCCUCUGGAUUCAGGGAUGCCUUCCUGGUCAUAGCAGCAAUCCUGUUUUUUGUACUCUGCGUCUACGCCUUCUUCUACCUCAACCUGAGCACAGAGCUUGACCUGGAUGUGGAUGUGGAUUAAUGACCUACACUUCAUCGACCAGGACGGGACACAGUCUGUCAGCUUUUGAACUCACUUUUGGUGCCUCGAUGACCUUAAGGAGAAAUGACACAAUGCAUAAAAUAACUCAAGUUUCAGGACAUUUUUCGACAGAAUUUCUUCCUUUCCUUUAUUUUCUGCAUGGGAGCACUCAAAUGUAUUAUACUGACUAGUACUAACUAUACUAGUUCUUUGUUUUUUUCCCUCCGUCUAGAUAUGAGUGUCUAUCUUUGAUUCUCUUUCCUUUUUACACAAUUACACCAACCCUCUGCUAAUCAUAUUCUGCAGAAUCAUGUCCCACUGUUUUCUCCACUAAUAGAAAAAUGUAAAUCUCCCGCUGAAGCUCUCGUCACAUCGAGACAAACACUCGCCUCACAUUCCAGUGCACAAACCUCUCCUCCCAGAUAUCUGCAGAUCACAAAGUGUGAGAUUAGAAUCCACAAAGCCCUCACCCUGAUUGAAUGUGUGUGCAGAAUACAGAACAACACAUUCAACCUGCUGCACACACUCGCUGCACGAAGAGAGACAUUCACAGGAUUAGCAUUACAAAUAUGAUUCCUGUUCGUUCAUUUGUAUUGAAAUUACCGACAUGUACGGGGACUGAUUUGAGGUGAGCCUGUAUAUUCUUCUUAAGGAACACCUUGAUAAUUUUCCCUUCUUGUCAAAUGUAGGUAUUGUGUGAAGGUUUUGUCAAAGCCUCUUUAUCAAUGCACAUACACUGCAAGGUGCAACGACUGACCUUCCUUUAAGCAUCUCAGUCCAAGUGCUUUCAUUAUUUGAGAGAUUCUUUGUUCGCAGUGCAGGCAGGAGCUUUUACUGAAUCCUUUACCUCUUUUUUUGUUUGAAAUUGCAACGUUUUCCAAGUUAUUAUCACUCUCCAUUCCAUGUCUAUCUUCCGCACUCAUCAACCUUAACUAUCAGUAGCAAUACUGUUUUCUCGAAGCAAUAGAGCAUUGUUUUUAAUAUGAUUAUUUUAUAUGAUGCAUGAAAGGCUAAUAUCAAAUACACAAGAGGCCUAGUUGCUUAUUUCUGACAUGUCCCCCCCCUUCCCCUCGACCAGGUCUCUUUUCAGUAACAAGUCUUGUGUCUGUGCUUCAUGUGUAUGGGCUGAGAUUAAAUGUGAGACUGAUUUUUGAGCUUUAAGUUUCUGCGUUUUUCCUCUCUAUUCUCCCAUGACCCCCUAACCUCUAGUAAAAGACUACAUGUCCAAGAAACCAUUAUGAUAAGCAAGCCCCCCCUUACUCUCAACCAGGAGCUUUGAUCUGAGUCACUCGCAUGCGUAACAAUAGGUAGCCCGACCUAACAGACCUUCAUACCGGACACCUGUUAUCUGAAAGGUCACCAUUACGAACUACAUCUGACUUCCGCGCAAUGGAUAAGAUCUGGCAGCACAACAUUUAUUCAGAGCCACGGUUUGAAAUUUGAGUCAUUUUUUCAAUUGGUACACAAUCCUUUUUAUGGUUUGUUUUGCCAUUAUUUCUCAUUUACUGUGUGAUGAUACAAUACAUUUUCUUUGCGUUUCUUUGUCAAAUUGCUUUGAAGAUUUAAAACCCUGUAUCUUUCUGUGAAGAUAUAUAAUGUGGAAGGACAUUAAAGCACCUUUUCAGGUUUCAAUACA